AUGUUUCUACCUACCAACUAUCAGUGUGGCAACAAUGGAGUCUGGGCACUUCAAAUGGGCUGCUAUCUGUGUGUCGAUCCAACAACUUGUAUCGCUAUCGACUCGACUCUAUUAUCAAAUGAAAAAGCACAAACACAGACUCAUAGCAACGAGAUUCAUGCCGAAAGUCUGAAAGGAACGAUAGAUGAAGUCUCUCGUUCGUUAACAGAUGCAAACUUUGCAUUGGCUGAGAUGGCGCGACAUCCAGAAGUGUUUAAUUGGUUAUUUGCUAUUCCUGUGUGUUUGGUAACUGUGUCGCUGCUUUUAGUCGUUCGCGCACAUCCUUCACCACUUUCUGAAGUACAAAGGAAGGAAGAGGUUGCGUUCACAGCGACUUCCUUUUCUGAUUUGAAUCUUGAAAGGAACGAUAAUGUUGAGAUUGAGAUCGCUAAUAACUACCAAAACAAUGUUUGCGUUGGUGAUAGUGAGGAAGCUCAGCCUCUCUUGUCUGAAGCAAAGCAAGCGGACAAUUAUGAAGCAAUUGAAUCGAAUUUUUUAUUGCACGUUUAG